UCAACUCGAUUGCAAGAUCGCUAAUUUGGGUGAGUUCAUGGCGAGUCCACCGAGUAUGCUCCAGAAACGAGUUUGCUUCUCGGAAGCUAUGUGCACGAACGAAAACUCAUAUGGUUUUAAAGAUCAAUGCUGAAGUCCCUAUCUUUCUAUACUGCAUUUUAACUCCAUGCUGGAGCUGAUAAUGAAGUUGAAGGAAGCUCGAUACAACAACGUUUAAUUUGAACUGCAUUUGUCGGAAGCUUAGACAUACCACAAAUACCUACCAACAACCAACAAGAGACAACUGAAAAUGCCGGUUAUGAAGCGAUAUGUUCUGAGAUUGUUCAUAUCAUUGAAGUAUAUCACUGCAAACGUGGUAGACAGAAGCAAUGGUCGAAUUGUAGCAACAUCAUCCACAGCAGAACAUACCAUUAAAGGGUCACUUGAGUGUGGCAGGUCCUGCAAUGCUAAAGCAGCUACUGUUGUUGGAGAGGUAUUGGCUAGGCGGCUCAAAGUUGAGGGCCUCAAUGAAGGAGAAGGAAGAGGGAUUCAUGCAAACAUAGGUAAAGAAGUAGGGAAGAAAGGAUUUAAGAACCAAACCAAGGUUUGGGCUGUUAUGAAUGCUCUCAAGAACAAUGGUGUCAAACUCAUCCUCGAUGAUGAAAACGAUGACAAAAAUUCUUGGCCUGGUUCAUAAUUAAAAUAUCAUGAUGCUAUCGUUUCAGGUACAAUCUGCUGAAAUAUGUAAUUGGAUUAUCAUUUCUUGCAUUUGACAUCUAUUUGGUAACUAUUUCUUCCUCCAUAGUUUCUUCCUGCAUCUCCAUAAGGUACGAGAAAUGUCAAAAGUACCUAUUAUCUUAUUCAAAUAUACAUUUCGGAUUUAAUAAUUCAAAAUACAUUUAUUAUUUGUA